GCAGGCUUCUUAGCCCAUUUCUUACUGCUUUUGGACCGAAAAGAAAAUGAGAAAGAAAUAAAAAGCUUGGAAACGGCCCAUGAAACUUCUUAAUUAAGAAGUUUUCAUUUCGCGUCCUUAGUGACAGGUGUCUCUGUGGCAUUGGCUUUAGGUUUAGACGAAGGGGGAGUCGGGUUUGGUCUUCUCAUUUCUGUCUUCUUCUUGUUCAGAGAAACUCGUCGAUUGAAUCGCCGUGUGGUCGCCGCAGACCUCGUCGAUUCCCUAUCCUCAUCCUCUCCUUCAUUCCGAUCACUCGACAUCAAUCUGUAGCUAGAUCCCGCCGUUGAGUGCCCUAAUCGAGACCUUGUCGGUGCAUCUCCUCUGUCGAAGUCCUCUCGGUGCAUGUCCUUUCGUUGAUAGCCCAUAUCGAAAUCCUCUCCGUGCAAAGCCGAAAACUCGCUAAAAUCACAAUGGGAGUUGAUUAUAGCUAUACUCAGCCAUCGCAAUCAGAUACGUUUGGUGGCCACGCAGAAUCUAGUAGCGACGGCGAGACAAAGGAUCUUAUUCGUCGGGAUCAAGAAGAGUUAGGUAACAAUAGUCCUCAGCAGGUUCAUUACCCGCCUCAACCUGAGGUGGAAUUUGGAAUCCCUCAGGUCUGCUACUGUGGUGGCCAGCCCCAUCUCGCGAGCUCAACUUCUCGAAUUCAUCCAGGUCGACUAUUCUACACCUGCGCAAAUGUAGAUGAUGGCGACUGCCAUGUAUGGAAAUGGUGGGAUGUCGCCAUUAUGGAGGAGAUGCGAGCAAGGGAUAUGCACACCCUUGAACUGGCUCAGAAGGUAGAUUCACUUACCCUUAUGGGUGACUAUGUUACUGAGCAGAAGGUGGCUAACCUAGAGUUGAUAGUUUCUGAGCUAAGUAAGAAGAGUAGCUCCGCAAGCAAGAAGUUUGAAAUGGUUGUUGCUGUGAUGUUCGUUGUGUUUGUGGUGAUAGGAAUGGUGAUAAUGUUUAAGUAGAAAUGGUUGUUCUUGUCUAAUUAUGAAUGUUGUUCUUGUCUA